GGAUACAAUCUUUUGAUUAAUGUCCAAAUUUCUUCCUCAGCUCUCAACCCCACUGGCUGGAUAUCUGCAGGCAUCAGGAAACUUUUCUAUAGUGUUGUUUUUUUUAUUUUUGAGAGGGAUUUAUUUUAUUCUAUCUCCCAUCACUACAGGGAACUGGAGGGGUUUGGUAACACACAACCAUGCCUCUGAAGAAGAGAAAACACUAAUAUAAGAGGAUCUACCUACUGGGCUAAACUUUGGAUAACUUUUCUGCCCUGUGCAAACGUCCUGGUGGGCAAUCAGGACUAUUCUGCAGAAGCAGCAGCAACAUGACUGAGGAACAUAGGACUGAUGGCAAAGCGGAGAGUGGCAGAGACCUGGAGAGGCAGCUGCGGCUCAGGGUUUGUGUUCUCAGUGAGCUAUGGAAGACUGAGAGGGACUAUGUGGGGACUCUGGAGUUCCUUGUCUCGGCGUUUUUCCAUCGAAUGAUGCAAUAUGCAGCUUCAAAAUCCGACAAAAAUGUCACAGAGGAAACCGUAAAGAUGCUAUUCUCCAACAUUGAGGACAUUCUUGUGGUCCACAAAGAGUUUCUAGCCCUGAUUGAGCAAUAUCUGCAUCCAGAACCCAAUGCACACCAAGAAAUGGGCACCUGCUUUCUCCGAUUUAAAGAGCGCUUUGCCAUAUAUGAUGAAUACUGCAGUAACCAUGAAAAGGCUCAGAAACUUUUGCUUGAACUUAACAAAAUCCGAACAGUGAGAACAUUUCUACUGAACUGCAUGCUGCUUGGUGGAAGGAAGAACACAGAUGUUCCGCUGGAAGGAUAUCUAGUUGCACCAAUACAGAGAAUAUGCAAGUACCCACUUCUUUUGAGAGAGUUACUGAAAAGGACACCAAAGAGGCACAGUGAUUAUGCCUCUGUGGCGGAGGCUUUGCAAGCAAUGAAGGCCGUGUGCUCUAACAUUAAUGAGGCUAAGAGGCAGAUGGAGAAAUUAGAAGUGUUGGAAGAAUGGCAGAGCCACAUAGAGGGCUGGGAGGGAUCAAGCAUCACCGAUACUUGCACUGAAAUGCUGAUGCAUGGAGGCCUAUUAAAAAUCUCCUCUGGGAAUGUUCAGGAGAGGAUUUUCUUUCUCUUUGAUAACCUUUUAGUCUACUGCAAAAGAAAACAUCGGCGUUUGAAGAAUAGCAAAGCAUCCACAGACGGGCAGCGUUAUCUCUUCCGAGGACGCAUUAACACAGAAGUGAUGGAGGUAGAAAAUGUUGACGAUGGAACAGCCGAUUUCCACAGCAGCGGUAACCCUGUAGUCAAUGGCUGGAAGAUACAUAACACAGCCAAGAACAAGUGGUUUGUGUGUAUGGCAAAAACAGCUGAAGAGAAACAGGAGUGGCUGGAAGCCAUCUUGAAAGAGAGAGAGAGGAGAAAAAGUCUGACACUGGGUAUGGAGCAGGACACCUGGAUGAUGAUUUCAGAACAAGGAGAAAAACUCUAUAAAAUGAUGUCUGAACAAAGAAACCUAAUUAAAGACAGAAAAAAGAAACUUACUACAUUCCCUAAAUGUUUUAUUGGAAGUGAAUUUGUGGAGUGGUUACUGGAAAUCGGAGAAAUUCACAAGCCAGAGGAAGGUGUUAAUCUUGGCCAAGCUUUACUGGAGAAUGGAAUAAUUCAUCAUGUUACAGAUAAGCACCAGUUUAAAUAUGAGCAGAUCCUAUAUAGGUUUCGUUAUGAUGAUGGCACCUACUAUCCAAGAAAUGAAAUGCAGGAUGUGAUAUCAAAGGGUGUUAGACUAUACUGCCGCCUACACAGCCUGUUCACACCAGUAAUUAGAGAUAAAGAUUACCAUCUUAGGACAUAUAAAUCGGUGGUCAUGGCCAACAAGCUGAUUGACUGGCUUAUAGCUCAGGGUGACUGCCGUACAAGAGAGGAAGCAAUUAUUCUUGGCGUAGCACUUUGUGACAAUGGAUUCAUGCACCAUGUGUUGGAGAAGAGCGAGUUCAAGGACGAACCUCUGUUGUUUCGAUUCUUCUCCGAUGAAGAAAUGGAAGGCUCCAAUAUGAAACACAGACUCAUGAAACACGACCUAAAGAUUGUAGAGAAUGUCAUUGCUAAAUCUCUGCUGAUAAGGCCCAGUGAUGGGAGCUACGGUUUUGGCUUGGAGGAUAAGAAUAAAGUGCCAAUUGUUAAAUACCUUGAGAGAGGUUCUAAUGCUGAGUUGUCAGGAAUAGCGGUUGGGAAAAAAAUCUAUGCUGUAAAUGGUGACCUUGUUUUCCUGCGGCCGUUUCAUGAAGUGGAUUGUUUUCUAAGGACUUGCUUGAACAGCAGAAAACCUCUGAGGAUUCUCAUGAGCACGAAACCAAGAGAAACGGUGAAAAUUCCAGAUUCUCCGGAGGGACUCGGCUUCCAAAUAAGGGGUUUUGGUCCAUCUGUUGUACAUGCUGUGGGCAGAGGGACAGUGGCAGCAGCCGCUGGUCUUCACCCAGGACAGUGUAUCAUCAAAGUGAAUGGAAUCAAUGUGAGCAAGGAAAGCCAUGCCAGUGUAAUUGCCCAUGUGACAGCGUGCAGGAAGUACCGCCGCCUAAUGCAGCAAGACUCCAUACAGUGGAUAUAUGACAGCAUUGAGAGCGCCAAGGAAGAUAUUGUAAAACCUCCUAAUUCCAGGCCCUUAGGAGACAAUGAAGGGGAUGUAUUUGAUUGUAAAGUAGAAGAGGUUAUUGACAAGUUUAGCACCAUGGCGAUAAUUGAUGGGAAGAAGGAUCACGUGAGUCUGACAGUGGAUAAUGUUCACUUAGAGUACGGGGUUAUUUAUGAAUAUGACAGCACUGCAGGAAUCAAGUGUCACGUGGUGGAGAAGAUGGUCGAACCCAAGGGCUUCUUUAGCUUAAGUGCCAAGAUCUUAGAUGCUAUCGCUAAAAGUGAUGAACAGUUUGUGCAACACUGCAGCCACUUGCAUUCCUUACAUGAAAUCAUUCCACCGGAGCUUCAGAAGAAAUUCACUAUCAUUUGUCGAGAGAAAAUUGAGCACAUCUACAGGCGGAUCACCAGUUACAGAAAGUUUUCAAGAGUCUUAAAAAACCGAGCCUGGCCUACAUUCAAACAAGCAAAAUCAAAGAUAUCCCCUCUACAUAGCAGUGAUUUCUGUCCAACAAAUUGCCAUUUCAAUGUAAUGGAGGUUUCCUACCCGAAAACUCUGACAUCCCUUGGCAGUGCUUUUGGGGUACAGCUGGAUAGCAGGAAACAAGCAUCCCAGGACAAGGAAAAUAAAAGUACAGAGCAAGGUAAACUUAAUCCUAUGGUGUACAUACAACAUACCAUAACCACAAUGGCUGCGCCGUCAGGACAUUCACUGGGUCAGCGAGAUGGACAUGGUCUGCGAUACCUGCUCCGAGCUGAAGAUUUGGAAACGCAAGACAUACACCAUAAGUUGCUGAGCAAAUUGCAGUCAGCGCUGGCAGAGGUAGAGAGCUGCGUGUCCCAGAUUGAUGAGUUAUUGUCUUCGAUAACAUGUUCUCCCAAAUGUGAGCGUAAAACAGAGACGUUAAUAGCCCUGGAUACUGAUGAGAAAGGAGAGAAGAAUGGGAAGAAAGUCUGCUUCAACAUUGCUGGAGAUGAGCAGGAAGACUCGGGUCAUGAUACCAUUAGUAAUAGGGAUUCUUAUAGUGACUGCAACAGCAAUAGGAACUCCAUUGCAUCGUUUACUAGUGUCUGCAGCAGCCAGUGUAGUUCAUACCUGCACAGCGAUGACAUGGAUUCCGGUGAUGAACUGCCUCUAAGCGUGCGAAUAUCUCAUGAGAAACAGGACAAGCUGCACAGCUGCUUAGAGCACCUAUUCAGCCAGGUUGAGUCAAUUACUAACCUUCUGAGGGGACCAGCUGUUGCGAGAGCAUUCGAGCAGACAAAAUACUUUACACCUGGUCGGAGUCUUCAAGAUUUUCAACAGGAAAUGGAGCUUAAAUUAAGUUGUCCAAAGCGGUUACGGCUUCAUAUUAAACAGGACCCUUGGAAUCUACCCAGUAGUGUCCGCAUUCUUGCGCAGAACAUUAAAAAGUUUGUAGAAGAGGUGGAAGUGCGGAUACUUUUGGCUCUACUUGAAUAUACAGAUAGUGAAAUACAGCUGAGGCGAGAUAUGGUGUUUUGCCAGAGCUUAGUGGCAACUGUCUGUGCCUUCUCUGAACAAUUACUGGCUGCAUUAAAUCAGAUGUAUGACAGCAACAGAGAGUAUGAAACCGAAACGCAAGAGGCCAGCAAAAGAUGGUUGGAGCAGAUUGCUAGCGCUGGCGUACUGUUCCACUUCCAGUCUCUUCUCUCUCCAAAUCUGAGCGAUGAACAGGCCAUGCUAGAGGACUCACUUGUUGCCUUGUUUGAUUUGGAAAAGGUCUUGUUUUACUUCAGGCAAGCCGAACAGGGGCCACAAGUGGCAAAUGUUCCCAUUACCUACCAGGCAGAAGGAAGCCGGCAAGCUUUGAGAAUUUAUUUCCACAUGGACAGUUACCAUUUUGAACAUCUUCCACAAAGGCUGAAAAAUGGUGGAGGAUUUAAAAUUCACCCUGUCCUAUUUUCCCAAGCCCUGGAGAGCAUGGACGGCUAUUAUUAUAAGGAUAAUGUCUCUAUUGAAGAAUUUCAAGCCCAGAUUAAUGCUGCAUCACUUGAGAAGGUUAAGCAGUACAAUCAGAAACUCAGGGCUUUUUACUUGGAUAAGACUAAUCUGCCUUCAAAUACCACAUCUAAAGCUGCUUUCAUUGAUAAGCUCAUGAGGCCGCUCAAUGCUUUGGAUGAACUAUAUCGGUUGGUGGAUUCAUUUAUUCACUCCAAACGUACAGCAGCAUGUGCCUACACAGCUUGCGGUGCCUCAGGGGUGGGACUGCUGUCAGUGACUUCUGAACUGUGUAACCGGCUCGGAGCAUGCCAUGUUAUAAUGUGCAAUAGUGGAGUGCAUCGAUGCACUUUGAGUGUUACCCUUGAACAGGCCCUUAUUCUUGCCCGGAGUCAUGGUCUGCCUCCCCGUUACAUCAUGCAAGCAACAGAUGUCAUGAGAAAGCAGGGGGCAAGGGUUCAGAACACUGCCAAGAAUUUGGGCGUUAGGGACAGAACUCCAGCUACUGCUCCAAGGUUGUACAAGCUGUGCCAGCCGCCGCCUGCAGAUGAUGAACCCUGAAUGUUGUACAAGCUGCGCCAGCCACCGCCUGCAGAUGAUGAACCCUGAACGUUGUACAAGCUGUGCCAGCCACCGCCUGCAGAUGAUAAACCCUAAACGUUGUACAAGCUGUACCAGCCACCAACUGCAGAUGAUGAACCCUGAACGUUGUACAAGCUGUGCCAGCCACCGCCUGCAGAUGAUAAACCCUAAACGUUGUACAAGCUGUACCAGCCACCAACUGCAGAUGAUGAACCCUGAACGUUGUACAAGCUGUACCAGCCAUCGACUGCACAUGAUGAACCCUGAACGUUGUACAAGCUGUGCCAGCCACCGACUGCAGAUGAUGAACCCUGAACGUUGUACAAGCUGUGCCAGCCGCCGCCUGCAGAUGAUGAACCCUGAACGUUGUACAAGCUGUGCCAGCCGCCGCCUGCAGAUGAUGAACCCUGAACGUUGUACAAGCUGUGCCAGCCGCCGCCUGCAGAUGAUGAACCCUGAACGUUGUACAAGCUGUGCCAGCCACCGCCUGCAGAUGAUGAACCCUGAACAUGUCCACCAUUGAAGGAAUUGGAUAGUUGCAAAUAGAACUAAUUUCAUGACUGCUCUUGCAAAUGUGGUUAUUAAGUAUACAGGAGGCCGAUCAUCUGCUUUCACACGGUCCGUGGACAGAACGCAUUCACUAAAACCUCUAAGAACUAUAUGCCGCCAGCAUAUAUUGUACACUGGAACCCCAUUGGAUAAAGCACUUACGUGUUGUAAAAAAUUCAAGAAGGACAUUGAAUGUUUAAAGAUUUUGGAUUGUGAUUCAAGAUCUGUUUCCACGUACAAACGGGACCUAUUCUAAUUGUUUUUGUAUUAAUUAUAUCAGUGAAAAUGGAAGUAUUAUAUUUUAAAAAGGAAGCAUUUAUAUCCACUUUGUUAUCAAUAAACUGUAACAUAUAUAAUAUAUGUCAUCAUUCUGUUAACUGUAGCGUGCAGAAUUCCAGAUGGUCAUUCUUUUCACAAUGCAUUGGAAAAUAUAUUUUGCUAAUUAGAAAGCAAUAGAACACUAACAUAUUAAUAAUGUACACUGUAUUGGGAACGCCAGUCGAUACACAAGAAUUAAUGAGAAUGUAUGAAAUAAUAUUCUUUUGCUGGAAAAUAUUAUGUCUCAUUUUCAUUUGUGUAGUACUAGUAACUUAUCAUUUUAGAUGUAGUGUUUGUGUCUUAAACCUGAGCCAACUACCUGAGUGGCAUAAUUCCUUUAAGACUCUGCUUUGCUAUAACACAUCAUAACAUAAAUAAUCUGGUCAUGUAAGGUCUUCACCUAUCAAGUCAUUCUCAGAUAAUAAUCUGGUCUAAGUAAUGUAUUUUUUCUAAAUAUUGUACAUGCUUAAAUCAUUUUAAGGAGAUAUAUUUUGCUUGCAGCAUAGCAACUAGAUCAGGGGUAGGCAGUGUUUGGCACUGCAGCUGGUUAGGAACUACACACCCCAGCAUACCCUGUCAUAGUCUUACUGUUAGGCAUGUUAAGCAUGCUUAAACUGUUUUGAGGGCAUGCUGGUAUGUGUAGUUCCACAGCAGCUGAAGUACCACACGUUAACUGUCUCUGAACUUGAUCAAGUUAAACCUUUUUUUAAAUAUAACUGCACUGAUGGCAAAACAGAAGAAUUGUCCAACUUGGCCCCAUAAAUAAACAUUGAUAUGUGCAUGCUGUCACUUAUAGUGCCACAAAUGGGCACUAAAUAUGGUGCCCACAUCAUGAAAAAAUAGGAUUUUGGUACCUACCGGUAAAUCCUUUUCUCUUAGUCCGUAGAGGAUGCUGGGGAUUCCAAAA